GUGUACUACUGAUGCUGUAUGGCAUGUUGUAAGUGUAAAUGAUGAAAGCUAGACAAGAAGCGAGUCAGCACAAAUGAGAUAAAGGAAAAGGCCUACGUAGUACAUCAAUCGGGGUCAUAGCGCUAGAAGACACGGGCAAGAGCGAGACAACAGGACGAGCGCUAACCUUCAACCGGUUAUAAGGCAAAAAGCACGUUCACUGGUUUAUUGUAUUUUUUUUGUUUCAAAUCUAAAGUCUAUAUAGGAACAGGUCGUCGCUAACGUUCCCGAAAAGCUGUCCUUUUUUUUUUUUUUUUGCAAAUAACUAUAUUAAAUCCAACAAACAUACAGAAAUAUGUCAAGCGGUACGGUUUUCCUGUGGUUACGCAUCUUCGCCUUCACAAGGACAGGACAGGAAUAGCGCCUUGUCCUGUCUUUGUUCCUUCCUAGUGUGCCGUCAGUAUUGGCGCUUCAUCUAUUGAAAUGCCCCGCCCACGUGCAUUCGUACAAGUGACCCAGUAGUUAAUGGUGUCUUCGAGUCGAACCGGCUGCUCAAUGCGGUAGAGCGUCACCAGGAGGCUCUGCGCUAAGCCUAACACCGAAGAGCGGACGAGCCGCGCAAACCCACCCUUGACACCCAGGACCCAUUACCGGUUGACACGCAAUGCAAGCCGUAAUAUAAAGCCCGACCCCACUGCAUCAUAUCGGUAACGCGCUGCUUCUCAAAAGCGCGGACACGAUGUGCGUUUCGAUUUGGAUCCGACUAUAGAGGAUGUCAUCUGCCGCGAGGGCAUAAUGCGGACCUCCACCGGACACUGUCAAAAAGAAGCAAAAAAAUAAAUAAAAAAAAGUACGGGGAAGGGAGAGGGCUUGGGGACAAACGUGGUGGAGCCACACACAAUGCAACCUCGUCCGGUCGUCCAGCCAUUGGGCCCCGCAUUGGCGUGACGUUGUCGUUUCCGUUAUCGCGUACGCUGACCCGUGCGGUGGCGUUGCCGUCGGGCCGGCGCUUGCGGAGCUGCGUGCGUGCGAUCUGGCGGAGUUCGACGUCACGCCGUUUCGUUAAGCGCGCCAUGCCUCGACGCUGUAAUUGGCAGCGGCGUCAGUGACCCCGUCCCGAGUAUUCGGACCACGGCGUCGGUGCGCGCGUCGUUACGCGAGGUUUGCGCACAGCAGCAACAGAGGGCCGAUGCUGAAGAAGCGAGACUCGACGGCGUGUGUUGCGCCGCACCAGGAGUAGGAACUGCGACUCGCCUGCGCGCCUAGCUGGACCGCGUUCUGCGUAUAGAGUGCGCCGACGAACUGUGGUUGUGCGGAAGCUGGAUUGCAUCGGGAGCGACAUCCAUGCGGACACUGUUGCAGAGCUGGAUGAGAAGCAAGAAGCGCAAAUGAGGGCCUCACGAAGCCGCCGCCCUGCAGCCAGGUUAUGGAUACUGGCCCUUUCAACGGCGCUUCUGGCCUCGCCUGCAUGGGGCCAGAACUGCUUCGGCGGCAUCGAGAGCUUCGAGAAGACCACGGGGCUCUCCUACUCCGGCUCGGUGAGCGGACAGACGCUGCUCCAGCAGCCGGACCAGGCGCUCACGCGGGACUGCAUCAACCUGUGCAAGCAGCAGGCGCAAUGCCUCUCCUUCUCGCUCAACUACGUCGGCUUCCGCUGCUCCUCCUUCAACCUCAACUCUGCCGGCCGCCGAGACCUGCUCGUGCCCACGCCAAGCACAAACUACUUCGAGAAGAUAUGCUUCAGAGGAGUGCAGAAGAGUUCCUUCGACGCGCUGUGCGGCGACCGGCUGUGGGCCUUCGAACGGGCCAAGGAGGGCCACCUGGAGGGCUUCGUGGACCGCGAGGAGCACAACGUCAAGGACAAGGAGGAGUGUGCCAAGAUGUGCCUGCUCGAGGAGGCGUUCCCGUGCCGCUCGGCCGACUACGAUGAGGUGGCUAAGACGUGCCGCAUGAGCCGCGAGGACCGGCGCUCGCAGCCGCAGGCCUUCCGGCAGGUGCCCGGUAGCACCAGGGACUACCUCGAGAACCAGUGCUCCGCCACCGCUCCGACGUCGUGCCGCUACGAGACUCGGGUCGGCGUGGGCGUGGUGUCCAUGGACCUUCUGCAGUUCGCCACGGCAGUGGACGACUGCCAGACGCAGUGCGACCGCGAGACCACCUUCAACUGCCGCGCCUACUCGUACAUGGAGAACCGCUGCUACCUGAGCGGCGACGACACCAUCAGCCUGGGCCCCAGCGGGCUGCCGCCCAUGACCAACGCGGCCUACGGAGAAAAGAAGUGCAUCACCGAGCAAUGCACGCUGGGCGUGUUCACGUACGAGAAGAUGACCGGCUUCGUGAUGCGCUCGGCCGCGCGCUCGGCCAUCCCGCUGUCGAGCCCCGGCGCUCUGGGAAACACCCUCGAGUGCCGACAGUUCUGCCAGAUGGCCGGCCUCGACUGCCCGGCGUUCAGCGUCAACUACCAGAACAUGCGCUGCGACAAGUUGGAUCGGAACUCGCAGGGAAGGACGCAGGAGCUGAGUCCCAGGGCAGGGGAGAACUACUUCGAGAAGAUAUGCCUCCGAGGCAACUUCGCCACGGCCUGCCAGGGCAAGGCGUGGGCCUUCGAGCGGGUGCUCGGCUUGGAGCUGGUGCCCACGCUGUACGACAAGUCGUUCGCGCACGUCCAGAGCCGGCGCGACUGCGAGGAGUACUGCCUCAACGAGCAGGCGUUCGACUGCCGCUCGGCCGUGUACUUCGACGACACAGCCGAGUGUCGCCUCAGCCGCCACGACAGGCGGACGCAGCCGGACGGCACGAUCAAGAGCUCGAACCCGAGGAUCAACUACCUGGAGAACCAGUGCCUGGAAGUGUCACCGACUUGCCCUUAUGAGAAGACAGCGGACGCUUACCCAGUUUACACUGACGUGGUUCAAAUGACCGGCAUCAUAUCCGAGCAGUCGUGCGAGUCGUUUUGCACCACUUACCCAAACUUCAACUGCCGUUCGUUCGCCUAUUACCCGAGCAACGGGCAGUGCUUCAUAAGCGGCGAUGAUCGUAUAAGCGCAGGUCCGGCCAGCACAAACUCCCGGCCCGGCAUUCUGUUCUACGAGCGCUCGUGCAAGGACGGCGCUGGCGUCACCGACAGCGGCUCGGGCACCACGGCGGCCGGCGGCGGCGGUGGCACCUCGUCGACGGGCGGCGGACCCACCAGCUCGUCGCCCACCUUCCCGACGUCGCAACCGCCGCACACGCCCACGCUGUUCCCGCCCACAGUCCGGCACUGCAGCGCCGGCGAGAAGCUGACGUUCGCCCGGGUGUCGGGCCACGAGUCGGCCUCGAGACCGGGGCCCAUCCUGCUGACGGCCCCGGCGGACGGCAUGACCAAGGAGUGCAUACUGCGAUGCGAGCAGCGAGACGACUGCCACUCGUUCAGCAUCGACUACCGACGCCACGAGUGCUACAUCGCCGGCUACUACUCCGGGUCGCUGCCGGCUCACCUGAGGCCCAGCCCCGGAAAGACGUACUUCGAAGGAAUCUGCGUGCCCGCCUCGGUGGCCUGCCAGCGGCUGUGGACGUUCGAGCGCAUGGUGGACCAGGAGCUGCGCGGCGUCAGCCCCCGCGAGGUGACGCGGUUCAUCACGCUGCACGACUGCGAGCGGCGCUGCUUCGAGGAGCGCCGCUUCGCGUGCAAGUCGGCCAGCUACGACGUGAACCUGCAGGAGUGCCGCCUGUACGCCGACGACCGCAACUCGCGCUUCGCACGGCUCAUCUACGGCCGGGGCGUCUACUACCUCGAGAACCAGUGCACCGUCAACACGGGUCCCUGCCCCUACGCUCCGAUCCAGCGUGACGUGUACAUGACGCACAUCACCCGCGUCGUGCACGGCGCCAGCUCGACCUUCCACUGCGAGAUGGAGUGCAACCGCGAGCCGGACUUCAACUGCCGCUCGUACACGUACGUGGAGCACGGCACCCUGGGCCCGCCGCAGUGCCUGCUGUCGGCGGACAGCCGGCCCGGGGUGUCGCCCAUCGUGCUCGAGUACCGCAGCCGCGCCCUGUACGCCGAGAAGGACUGCCACCUGGACGACGACAGCCGGAGCAACGGGGUCGUCGGGGGCACGUCGCACCCGCCGCCGUACCCGCACACGCCGCCAGGACCGCCGCACAGGUACGAUUCCGUGACCUCCGAAAAAUUUUUAAGGCCAGAGGAAAAAAAAACAACAGAGAGAGAGAGAGAGAGAGAGAGAGAGAGGAAAAAGAAGAACGCGCUAAUUCGCCUUCUCGUUAUCGGCGAACGCAAUGUAGGCGACAUCGCAUGGGAAGACCAUGGUGCGAAUAUAUAUUCGACACCGAUAUCACUUACCGUCGAAACUGGGCCGUACCCGCCGCCGCCGCCGCCGCAUCCUCAUCCCCAACCACAUCCGGGAUCUUCGCCGCCCUCGCAGCAGCCUUCGCCAGGUGGCUCCCCACCGACGCCGUAUCCGCCAAGGCCGCCCACGGACUACAGCCCGUACCCGCCACCCCGUUUCUGCACGUACGAGCAGUACACGUACGAGAAGACCAUCGGCCACGACAUGAGGUACGCGCCGAGAGAACGCAUCCCCACGCGCUCGGCGGUGGGCGUGGUUCGGGACGCGUUCACCGAGUGCCAGCGGCUGGGGGACCGGUGCCGCGCCUUCACCAUCGAGUACGGCAACUUCCAGUCAGCGUCGUGGCUCUCGACGGCCGCGGAGGACAACCGGCAGCUGCUGGUCGCCAACCCCGUCAUGGCCUACUUCGAGAAGGUCUGCCUCCAGGAGCGCACGUGCGGCAAGAUGUGGUCGUUCGAGCGAACCGUGGGCCACACGUUGGGCGGCGACGCGGACCGCGAGGUCCCGGGCGUGCUUCGGCGGGCCCAGUGCGAGGACCUGUGCCUGCGCGAGCGGUCGUUCGUCUGCCGCUCGGCCACCUACCAGCAGUCGCGGCUGCUGUGCCGCCUGUACGCCGAGAACAGGCGCACCCGGCCGGCGCUGUACGUCCGCACCGCCGAGGACGUCGACUACUUGGAGAACCUGUGCGCCCCGGAACCCUCGACGUGCCAAUACCGGGAGCAAGUGGAUCGGUUUCUGCCCAUCAUCGACAGGCUGGGCCACGCGUUCAGCCUGACCGAGUGUCAGCGCCAGUGCGACCUGGAGCGCCUGUUCAGCUGCCGUGCCGUAAACUUCGAGACGGUGCACCGAGACUGCGCGCUCAGCAGCGAGGACGCCCAGACCACGCCCCUGGGUGCGGCCGCGCUCGUGCACCGCCGGUACUCUGUCUACAGCGAGAAGGGCACGUGCGAACAAGUGAGCGUGCAAUGCAACCAGCAGGACAUGCUACUAGCGAUGAACUUCGACACGCCCUUCCAUGGCCGCGUCUACGCAAAGGGCAACCCCUCCCAAUGCUUCGUGGUGGGAAACGGGCAGAACACGCUCCAGUUUGCUGUCUCACUCGGCACCCGCUGUGGGACGCUGCAGGAGGGAAACGGCCACUACGCCAACGAAGUUGUCGUCCAGCAGCACCCGAUCAUAAUGACAGACACCGACCGCAACAUUCGCGUGGUGUGCUCUUUCGAAGCUGGCGACAGGACAGUCACGCUUGGCUCCACUUUCGCACGAAACGGCGCUUACAGCGGCGGCCUCGAUGUUACGACUCGCCACCAGCCGACCAUAACGUCGGUCGUGACCAACACCGCCCCGCCGCCGAACGUGGUCAUGCGAAUCCUGGACCCCAGUGGGCGUGACGCAGGAGUGGUCGGACUCGGGGACGAGCUCACGCUCAGGAUCGAAAUCCAGGAACCUGGCAGCGCAUUUGCCAUUUUUGCAAGAAACCUUUACGCCAGGAGCUCCAAUGGCGAGUCUCUUUUUCUCAUCGACAGCCUAGGGUGUCCCGUGGACCCGAGCAUAUUCCCACCCCUUCGGCCAGACUACAGGCAACCGGGCGCGCUCUUCGCCAAUUUCAAGGCGUUUCGAUUCCCGUCGUCCGGUCUGGUCAACUUCGAGGUGCAAAUAAGGUUCUGCCAAGAAAGGUGCGAUCCGGUGCGCUGCCAAGGAGGUGGCGAGUCGUUUGGCCGCAGAAGGCGCGACGUGUCGUUCCCGCCAAUUGCCAGGUUCGCCUUCAGGAACAGGACCAGGCCAAUCUUUCUCACAGCGCACAAACCGACGAUCGUCAUAAGGCCGUAUUCCGUGCGAACCACGACGACGACCACUACGGACGAGCCACCCACGACUACAACGACUGAUGCUCCAGCAACCAUGGUUGAACCUGCCGCGACCACGCCAGCUUCCACGGAAAAGGUGUUAACAGCCGAAACCGACACAGAAAGCAUUGUGGAGACUACUGCGAGUCCGGAGCCGACGACAGAUGGUGUUCCAGCGACAUCUGUUCCAGCUGAGAACGUUACCGAUGACGUCACAGAAGAGAGCGUGGAAGAAACGCCUAAUAACUCAACGGUCGCUGAAGAGGCCACCGAAGAAACGGUGGCAGCAACCUUAACGACGUUUCCCGAUACAAAUGAAACAGCUCGUUUUGAUUCCGAAGAAGCAGAAGAAGAAGCCUAUGACGAUGCAGAGGAAAGUGAACCGCAUUUGAUGUUCCGGAAACAGGAAAUGUACCUGCCCGAAGAAGGCAACGGGAGCGUCCCGGAACCACAGCAAGCUUCGAAGGACGCCGAAAGGAUUGAGCAAGUGUCCUCAGCCGUCGUGUUCCGUAAUCCUGAUCCCGACAACCCGCAACUACAGCACGGUGUUCGAGGACCUUCGCAGCAGGCGACGGCAAUUCCUUUCGAUCUAACUUCUCAGCCGUACGGCGGCUACGGAUUGGGAUACGGACGCCACUACGGCUCGCCGCCGCCGCCGCCGUACGGCGUUCACGGCCCGUACGGUCAUGGCGGCUACUACGGCCACGACGCGCGGCGCACGUUUACGGACAGCCGCCGAGGAACACGGCCACAUUCGAGCCGAGCCUUUUCGCACGUCUGGAGAGACACGCCGUACGGCCCACCGCCAGGACCAGUGGCCAUUGAGCCAGCAGCCGAGCAGCAUCGUUACGACAACCGCCGAUUAGAACACCGUAAUCACCACCGCAACUCGGCCGGAAACGAGCAGAAGGAACCUUCCGGAGACCGGGGACGCGGAGUCCAUUAUUACGAAGCGGCGGGACAUCAUCGCGAGUUCGACCCAACCGCGGACCGCGCAAACGAGUCGUUGGGGCAAACGAGCCGAGAUCAGCUUUCCGGUGGCGGCGACAAACGGACGGGGGUAGAAUCGGACUCCUCGCGGCCCACCGCCAGCUUUCGGGAAAACGUUAACGCCGGUGGCGGCUCGUUUUCAAGGGAGCCCGAAAGAAAUGACAACUACUACGACAAAGGACGUCGUCCCGCGGACACCGCCUGGCGGGAGGCGCCACAAUCGUUGCCCGCGGAAACGAGAAGCGACACCUUGAAUUUCUCCUCCGGUAACGAAACGAAAGCGACGUUAGACCUCACGGGCGGCGAGGACAACGCGCUAUUCCAGCAGCAGCAGCAGCAGCAGCAGCAGCAGCAGAUGACGACGAAUUCCAGCGGCCAGUUCGUGGUACGAGAGAUGGAGGGAGGGUACGCGCCUUCCUCGGCGUUUCGCGAGAUUGUCGCCACGACCGAGAAGCCGUACCCGGAGGAAGUUCCGCUCUCGCUGGCCAUUAUGGUGGGCGAAGACAGCGGCGGCGGGAAGCCCGACAACGGCUGGGCCAGGAACGCCGCCAACACCGGCGGCGGCGUCUACCAGCCCCCACGAAGCCGAAAACGAGAGCCGCCUCCGCCUCCUCCGAGGCCAGUGGAGGAAGAACCGGCCUGCGACCCCCAGAACACCAUCAUCAUCACCGCGCUAGUCGUGUCAGCGAUCCACGUGGGACUCAUGCUGGGGGGCUUCUUCUGCUUCCGCUGGCAGCGGCGUUCCAUGAAGCGCAAGCAGCUCAUCGCCUCGGUCAUGGGAGACUUCCGGUUGCCGUCGGCCGCAGGCGUCACUUCCGCCGCGCUGCCGUCGCUUCCGCCGCCCGUGGUGACGACGUCGGCGACGGGUCGCGGCCACUACCACCACCACGCGUCGCCCUCGCGCGUGCCCGGCGGGCCCAUGGUUUACGGCAAGGCGGACACGUCGUUCCGCCAGAUGUACAGUGAUUUCGAGACCCCGCCGUGAAGGGCGGGGGCGUCGUCGUGUCGACUCGGGGUUGUGAAUCGUCGUUAGACGACGCAAAAAGACAACAAACGCGAGAGCACGGUCACUACGGUGCGGAGCUUAUUAAAAACAACAACAAAAGUAAUUUGAGUUUCCCCGGCCUAAAAGAAUUUGCGUUCUAUCGGUACCGAAGAAACAUAGCAUGAGGCGCGCACACUCAACGACGUGGUAUUCCCAGAUGUCGAGAAGCGUUAAUGAACAGCUGGGCUGUCUGAUAAACCGUGUUGCAAAGAGAAAUGGAAGGCGAACAGAAGAAAAAAUAUCGGGGAGAUAACUAAUAAAGUAACGAUGCCAAGACCAACUCGUCGCCAAAGUGAUGAUAACUGAAUGAAAGCGAUCUGCAGGAGGAGCGCUGAAAGAUAAUUGUUCAGUGAUUCGUGACAAUCGGUCAAUUUCAAAAGUCUAGCUCACUGAUGUAAUCUAAAUGAGAGCGAUUACCACGGCGAAUAAUGAACAUCUACAAUGCAGUUUUGUAAGUUCACUUGUCUAACUGGCGCGAUCCGCAUAUAUAGCGUACGGCUAGGAGGACACGCGUUUCCGCAAGAUGUACAGUGACUCAAAGGCGCCACCCCGAACAGCGUAGAUGAGGUGUCGUCUGUGGUUGCGAGUCUUUGUUCGAUCAAGCAAAGAACAAACAGAGAGAGAGAGAGAGAGAGAGAGAAACGCGCGAUCUGUUGCAGAUAUUCGAGAUUCGUGUGAGGCUCCCGCAGUUUAAACGCAUUGGAUGGGGUAAGCCUAAUUGACUACCAAACGCUGAACCAUUACGUCCUCGCAGAAGUUGGAGAGUUGUGAGAUGUGGGUGAGCCGGCAUGUCGUGCUACAACGUAAACUGUUGGGCGAAAAAAGACAAAUAGAAGUCAGAAAGCGAAGCUUUAAAGUCAUGACGCCAAGUCUAACUCAUCGACAAAGUGGCGACGGCGCGCUGAAGUCUGUGGCAGCAAACACGCGACGGGCAACAACUUUUCAUGCGUUCGAAACUUUAUUUUUCGUUUUCUCAGUUUAGCACUUGCGAAACCUAGCACUUUAGGGCAAUGCGCGAAGUUCCGAUUGUCACGGAUAAUAAGGAACGUUUACAAUUUAGUUCUCUUGCUUGUCGAGCAAACUAAAACGUGCACUUUAAAGAGCGUGUCUGUCGCAUGAACAGGCUCCCCAUUAUUCAACAGCUAACGCUGUGCUGAUCGAAGUGAGAAAGAGAAAAGCGUUUCUGUGUUGAGGGGCUGUGAAAGAGAGUGGAAAGAUGCAAAUGAAGCGAAUUUUCGGAUUUUUAGUUUCACGAAACGCAAAGUAGUAAAAAACUGGACAUGUUACGUCACGAGUCGUUAUCGUGCUGCGAAACUAUACAGCAAGGAGUCCCAAGAGAAGACGGCGCCGAGGCGAUCGAAACAUAACUCAAAUCUAUUUUACCGUUUUUACAAACGCAGUAAAUAUGCGAAGGUCUCCCCUCAUUGUCAGUAGAAGCGCAUUAAUUAGCGCAUUAGAACAAUUAAACAGAUACAUGAAGCACAACACUAGGCGGCGGUGAACAGAAUAAAGGCCACAAAGCAAACAUUAUUCGCCCAUGUAGAAGCAGAAGCGUGUCAGCUCUGAAUGUGCGAUUGGCUUCCGAAUAGUGUGAAUGAUUGUCAAUCAAUCAAUAAUUAUUCUUUAUUGCAAUUCGCCAAACCCAAAUAUGGUUAACGAUAUGCCCAACCUCUAAGCUUGGUUCGUGCGUUACAACAGCCGUCCUCCACCAAGCAUGGUCAUACCGGUAUCGCGCCUGAAAGCUUUAGCUUCGUCAGUUUUUCUUUAUGUUUUGGUCCAUUAUGCAUUUGUUUAAAGGUAGGCAUGCACUGCCUCGCACUGCAGGCUACGAGUUCGCGUCAACUACGAAGUGUCCCUUUCCCGUCUUUGUUAACGUAAACAGCGCGUAUAUCUUUCGAUCACAUUUUCAGCAAAACGAGGACGUCAACCUCAACUUGCAUUUUACUUAGGAAUCAGCGUAUAUAACAAAAAUGAAAGACAGUUAACGGUAAAAAGAUGGAACAGUCUGGGAAUUGGACGCGAGCCAUCGCGGGAAACUCGAUGAGAUAACAUACGUCGCUAUAUAUGUGUCCUCUUGUUUGUAUAGAUAGAUCCAGUGUUUUUUUUUAUUGUUAAUAUAUUUUGUGUGAAUGGACUUGAUGUCAUUUUUAUCUUCAGAGCACUCGUUCCCGCGUUUUCGUUUUUGGAUGUAAAGCCCGAAAGAUGGCAUUUUUAGUUCAAUAAAGACAUACCCAAUAAGAAAACAAACUGUGCUUUCCUUUACACAUUUAUGCCAAGGAAUAUAAUCUGUAACAACCCGUCAUGACAGCCCAGUGGCUACCAGGCUGCGCUGCUGAGCUCGAGGUCGUGGGUUCGAUCAGGACCGCGGCAGCCGCGCUCCAAUGGGGGCGGAAUGCGAAACCGCUCGCGUACGUAGAAUUGACUGCUCGUUCAAGAACCCGGGUUGCAAUGACUAAACUUCUUUUUUUUUUUUUGCAUUUCGCCUCAAACUGAAAUGCAGCUGCCGUGGCAGGGAUCGAACCUCAGACCUCGAGUUCAGCAGCACUAUACGCCAUAACCAUUGAGCUAUCGCGAUGGGUAUUGCGGAGCCUCCCACUGCGUCCACCGUCUCUCAAGGUGUUGGUGCUAGAUUUCGGGGCAAUAAAAUGUUCUGUAUGGACUAGUUGCUCUCAUGGCAAUGAAUGGCAAGCUACGCUGGAUAGAUUUCGUAAGGCGAAGAACCGUGAAAGACGAUCACCUGUGUGCGUGUCUGCGAUCGCGUUUAGCGGCUACACCUGUCUUUGGUAGAUCUAUGCAGCGCAGCUAGCCUAUACCACGGCGCUCUCUCUCUUCCCGGCAAGUCCCAACGUUCGAUCGGUUAACCGAUAGCGCAUA